AUACCAAAUAAAAGGUUAAUUUUUUAAGAAAGAAGGGGCAAAAUACGCGACGGCUAAUUCAAACCCUCGAUGCAAUUUGCGUUGCCAUCACUGCGCCGGCCCUCUUUCCAAAGAGAUGGAAACAAGUGAAUGGACUGUUGCUCCACUUGUCAGGGACAGCUUUUCUAUGAUUGGCUCUGCGGUUGGCGGGACUACGAGUGCCUUCUACGGGUUCAAUCAUGUAAUGCCAAAAGUCAGGAGGUGGGUUAAGGGACCCAUGUGGUUGCAUUUUCUAAUUGGUGCACCACCUGUGAUUGUAUUCUCUUCUGCGUGUGCAGUAUUGGCAGGCGGUGCUGUUCCGGCCCUUGCUCAACUCGCUUCUUCCUCCUACCGUGCAGCAUUCUCGUCCUCUUAAUUGCCUCCGUCUUCACAGAAAGAUACGAUGCAUUAGUCCAGGACUUCCUCUUCUUUGUAAUUAUGUACCGCAUAUAGCAUGUUUUAACACGUGCGUUUACCUCUAUUCUCCAA